AUGGUUUCAAAUCAAAAACUUGCUGGCGAUCUAAUAAUUUCUAUCGUAGCUGUAUGCAUCUUGAGUACAACUAUCUUAUCCGUCUCAACAAAUAAUUGGAAUGUUAAAUAUGAAAAUUCAAUAGCCAAUCGAACAGGUUUAUUUCAACAAUGUUCAAAUACAGUUUGUUGUGAUACAAAAGAAUUAGAUCGAUCCAUAACAGUGAUCGCUUUAUUUAGUAUUAUUUUUUUAUCAACAAGUACACUUUCAUCAUUAUUUUUAAUGGCAAUAACAGCUGAUUGUAGAACUCAAUGUUACAUGCUUGUACCAUUGACAUUUUUUGGUGCUGGUAUUUCAAUGACAUUAGCAUUAAUUCAAAUACUUGACCGAAUGGAUAUGAAUGGUUAUUCAGCAUUUAUGUUUCUUAUUGAUACAAUUCUUGCUUAUGUUUUAGGAGCAAUUUCACUCAUACAUGCUAGUAUGUUCUAUUUUUAA